GCAGCUCAGUUGAAGGCAGAAGGGGCGCUGGAGAGCAGCAGUACCGCGAUCAUCCACUCGGUGGCGCUGGUGCAGCGCAUGGCAGCUCUGCUGGAGCAGGGAAACAGCAGUGACGUGGUGCUGCAGGUUCAGACCGGCGGCUCGGACCAGGUGAAGCUGUUCCAGGCCCACGCCCUCAUACUCUCCCUGCACAGCAACGUGUUCCAGCAGCUUCUGCAGAGCCUGAACUCCAGCACACUGAUCCUGCUGGAGCCCCCGGACUGCACAGCAGUGUUCCACACCUUCAUCAGGUACCUGUAUUGCGGCGAGCUGGCACUGCGGUUGGAGCAGGCGGUUCCCCUGCACAAGCUGGCCAGUCGCUACGGCGUGCAGAUGCUGCAGGAGGGCCUGAGCCUGUACAUGCGGGAGCACCUGGCCAGCGACCCGCCCGGGGGCCACGCGGUGGGCUGGUACCGCUACGCGGUGCAGACGGGCGACGCGGUGCUGCGGGACGCCUGCCUGCAGUACCUGUGCUGGAACCUGUCGGUGGCGCUGCGGAGCGAGGAGUGGCGCUCGGUCGGCCCGGAGCUGCUGAUGACGCUGCUGCAGCGCUCGGACCUGGUGCUGCACAGCGAGCUGGAGCUGCUCGAGGCCCUGGAGGCCUGGAUCCAGCGCAACCGGCCCGACGGCCCGACUGUGGAGAACGCGCUGCAAGCCGUGCGCUACGCCAUGAUCUCGCCGUCUCAGCUGCUCCGGCUGCAGAGCCAGUCCCCCGUCCUGCAGCGCUACCUCCACUCCGUGCGCGACCUGCUCUACAUGUCCUACCAGUUCCACUCCGCCCCGCCCCUGCAGCUCGCCAAGUACAUCCCCCUCAACUGCAGCCUCUUCACCCCCCGGAACUACCUGUCUGCCGCCUGGGGGGCAGCCUGGGUCAUCGACAGCCCCGCCCGGGACGACCGCAGCACCAGCUUCCAGACGCAGCUGGGCCCCAGCGGGCAGGACAGCGGAAAGCACGUCACCUGGAAUGCGCUCUUCUCCCCCCGCUGGGAGCCGCUGGACCGGCAGGGCGGGGCCGAGGGAGGGGGCAGGGCGGGGAGACCCCGCAUCAUCAUCAUGCCGGCCUCCUCCAGCGCAGAUUUGGCGGGCGUCAGCUUCCAGAAGACGGUGAUGGUUUUGGCGCGGCAGCAGGGCAGGGUGGUGGUGCGGCACAUCUACAGCUUCUACCAGAGCAGCGAGGAAACGGGCGACUUCCUGUCCGAUGCUGACCUGCAGCGCCGCAGCUCCGAGUACCUGAUCGACAGCGCUCUGCACCUGCAGAUCAUCAUCAAGCCCCUCUACCACACCCUGGCAUAGCCCCACCCCCUUCACCUGCACAUCAUCAUCAAGCCCCUCUACCACACCCUGGCAUAGC